AGAAAAAGAAAAAGAAAAAGAAAAAGAAAAAGAAAAAAAAAAGCUCAUCUCUUAUCUCUCGAGGAUGUUUGCACAAUUGAAUCGGACAGACUCGAUUUGGCCUCAUGGAUGAAAGGUCUAUUUGUAUCAUUAUUAUCUUUUUUCAGAACCUUUCUCCUCGCCCUCCCCCCGUUGGCACUGGGUUGGUUGGCCUUCUAUCCCACUUCAUUGGCACAUUCUUUGAUGUUUCUAGUCAGAAUUCAUAUUAAUAGAUACCAAACUCAUUCCUUCAAAAAGAAAACUCCCGGUUCUUUUCAGAUAUCUUUAGUCCAAUGUCUCUCCCCCCACUUCCUGAAACGAAGCGAAGUCGCGACCUUGUCCGACACUAUACAGAUGAGCUUGAGCUUGCGCACGAGGAGAUACGUACGGAGCACUGUACUGAAGUGCGUUCAUUUAGGGUAUGCAAAUAAAGUGGCGCGAGCACGUAUAUAGGUCAUCGACCAAUGAUGUUUUCAGUUAUUUUAUCCACCAUCGAUAUCUACCAUAACUAUGGUAGGUAUACCAUAGGUAGGUACAUACCAUACUGAGUUUACUCCACUUGCAGGAAGGCAAAAACCUGAAACCUGUAACUUAAGAUAGCCG